AUUUCCCUCUCCACAUUCCCCAUUUUCUCUCUCACCUCUCCCUCUCUCUCUCUCUAUCUCUCUCUACUCCACAAAGGAAAUCUAUUGAAGUUUCCGAAGAAAUCAAGAAGGAAUAAUUACAUCCAAUCCACGAAGACAAUUUUGCCGGAUUACGAACGUGCUUCCUGUCAGCAACAAAAUGCUGAAAAAUUCUUCUGCUCAGCUGAAACUUCCCAAAGUGACUAAAAUCCAAGCACAAGAAGAGUUAAAUACUCCUUUAAUUCCCGGUCUAAACGACGAUGUGGCGAAGUUAUGCCUUGCAAGUGUUCCUCGGCAUUGUUUCCCUCUUAUGGGUGCUGUCUGCAAGAGUUGGAGGUCAUUCAUCCAAAGCGAGGAGUUGAUUGCAGCGCGGAAGGAGGCUGGGAAGAGUGAAGAGUGGAUUUAUGUCUUAACUGCUGACGCAAAACUCGAUGAGCAACGUUGGCAGGUCUUGGAUCGCUAUGGAGAAGCUCGCGGUGUCGUACCGCCGAUGCCUGGCCCAGAGAAAGCUGGUUACGGAGUAGUUGUUCUCGAUGGCAAGUUUUUGGUCGUCGGUGGCUAUUGUGUUGAUUUUGGUAAAGAAUGCGUCUCGGAUUUUGUUUAUCAAUAUGAUUCUCGGCUCAACAGAUGGAGCCAGCUGGCUAGAAUGAACAUUGCUCGCUGUGACUUCGCGUGUGCAGAGGUUGACGGUCUAGUAUACGCCAUCGGCGGCCAUGGACCGAAUGGCAAUAGUCUAUCGAGUGUCGAAGUUUAUACACCAGAGAAGAAUCAGUGGACCUUAAUCGAAAGCCUAAGAAGACCGAGGUGGGGCUGCUUCGCAUUCAGCUUCCAGGGUGAAGUCUACGUCAUGGGCGGCCGUUCCAGCUUCACGAUCGGCAAUUCACGCCUCGUGGACGUGUACAACCCUAAAAACCGCAUGUGGCGUGAGCUCAAGAACGGUUGCGUGAUGGUCACAGCACACGCGGUACUCAACAAGAGUCUUUUCUGCACGGAGUGGAGGAACCAAAGGAGGCUCGCGGUGUUCAGUCCUGAUGACAGUUCUUGGAGGAAGGUCCUCAUUCCGGUUAACGGGAGUUUGAGUAUGAAUUUCUGCUUCGGGAUUCUUGAUGGGAAGCUUGUGCUUUUUCCGAACGAAGAACAAUCCUUGUGCCAGACAUUGCUUUAUGAUCCGGAUGCUGCACCCGGGUCGGAAUGGCACGCAUCGACCCUUAAGCCUUCUGGUAUGUGCCUAUGUAGUGUGACUAUUAGGGUGUGAAGGUUAAUAUGGAUUUGCCAUAAUUUUAUUCCUUCAGUAGAAGUAGGAUGUAUAGUUUCCUUUCUUUUCUUUCCGGUCAACAAAUGUGAAAUCCACUAAUUCCUGUAUUCUUCUUUAUAUGUGCUGAUGAUGUU